AUGGCUUCAAAGUUGGCUGUUGAUGCGAUAGAAACAUCUACAAAGGUCCAUUUCUCGGGGUUUCAUUUAGAUUCAGCUAGAUCAAACCAUAUGGCUGCCUCAGCUGAAGAAGAAGAAGAAGAACAACAACAUGGACAGCCUUUUGUAAUCGGAGUUGCUGGAGGAGCAGCAUCCGGGAAAACAACUGUCUGCGAUAUGAUUAUGCAGCAACUUCAUGAUCAGAGAGCCGUUGUUGUUAACCAGGAUUCUUUCUACCAUAAUGUAAACGAAAAGGAGCUUGCAAGAGUUCAUGACUACAAUUUUGACCAUCCUGACGCUUUUGAUACGGAGCAACUAUUGUGUUCAAUGGAGAAGUUAAGAAAAGGGCAAGCAGUAGAUAUCCCCAACUACGACUUCAAAAGUUACAAAAACAACGUCUUCCCACCAAGAAGGGUGAAUCCUUCUGAUGUUAUAAUUCUAGAAGGGAUACUCAUUUUCCACGACCCUCGUGUGCGAGAUUUGAUGAACAUGAAGAUCUUUGUAGACGCAGAUGCUGAUGUGCGUUUGGCGAGAAGGAUUAAACGCGAUACUGUUGAGAAGGGCAGAGAUAUAGCCACUGUUCUUGACCAGUACUCAAAGUUUGUGAAGCCAGCAUUUGAGGAUUUCAUACUCCCAACAAAGAAGUACGCAGAUAUAAUAAUCCCCCGUGGUGGUGAUAAUCAUGUUGCUAUUGAUUUGAUUGUGCAACACAUUCGCACUAAGCUCGGUCAACAUGAUCUCUGUAAAAUAUAUCCUAAUCUUUACGUCAUUCAAUCAACUUUUCAGAUACGUGGGAUGCACACUCUAAUCAGAGACUCCAAAACAACAAAGCAUGACUUCAUCUUCUACUCUGAUCGAUUGAUUCGUUUGGUUGUUGAGCAUGGCCUAGGGCACCUUCCCUUUACAGAAAAGCAAGUGGUCACUCCCACAGGAUCUGUGUAUUCGGGGGUGGACUUCUGUAAGAGGCUGUGUGGUGUGUCGGUUAUCAGAAGCGGUGAGAGUAUGGAGAAUGCUCUAAGAGCAUGCUGCAAAGGCAUCAAGCUUGGGAAGAUUUUGAUUCACAGAGAAGGCGACAACGGUCAGCAGCUUAGAUACGAGAAGCUACCCUCAGACAUUUCGGAAAGGCAUGUGCUUUUGCUGGACCCAAUCCUUGGGACAGGAAACUCGGCGGUGCAAGCGAUAAGACUGCUGAUAAGUAAAGGAGUACCUGAAUCCAACAUCAUAUUUCUCAAUCUCAUAUCUGCACCGCAAGGAGUAAAUGUGGUGUGCAAAAGGUUCCCGAGGAUUAAGAUUGUGACAUCUGAGAUAGAACUGGGUUUAAACGACGAGUUCAGAGUUGUUCCUGGUAUGGGCGAGUUUGGAGACCGCUAUUUUGGCACUGAUGAUGAGUGAGUGAGAGAGUGAGAGAAAGAGAACACUCUCGAGAAUCUUUGAGUUGAAAGUUUUGGAAUUCUUUGAUAAUUUUGUUUUUGGUUUUGAGCUGUUUAGUAUCGGAUUCACACACAUAUCACAUGUAUACCAACCAGACACAAAAUUUUCCACUUGAAUUUAUGAAGAAGAAGCCUUUAUCUUGAUAGAGAGGUCUCAAACAGAGUUAAAUAAAUGUUA